CUCUUUUGAGCUUUGAAAAGGCGUUUUCAUAUUAAUUUCAUUGAUAUUCUAAGAAAUAAGUCUAUGGUAGUCAUGUAGCGCCGCUCUACUAAAGUACAAAGGCGAGCAGUCUUUCGUACACAUUUUUAGUGAAAGUACAUCCUUAUUUAUAUAAAAUAUUUUUCUAAGACCAGAAGUUGUAUAAAAAAGUUAUAUUUUAUAAAGUGUAAGUCAUAAGCUCAAAUUCUAAUUAAAUUGAUUAUAAAUUAUGAAGACUUAGACAACAAACAGGAACCUCGAACUCAACUUGAAGUUGUAAUAAUGGUAAUAAACGCUUGAAACUAUAAAAUUAGCUAACAAUUAUUAUUGUUUUUGUCUUUCAGAGGCAAAAUUUUAAAACACAAUAACAAAAAAUUAUAUACUGUAUAUGUAGUAUAAUAAGUGAAUGAAAAAAAAGAAAUAACUUCUCAAAAAAUAUUUAAUUCAGGAACGAAACUGAGUGAAUUGUGAAAGCGCACCAAUAUUGGCUCCGGCACAUGCUUGCAACAACUAAAUAUGAGUGCUAAGGUGAAUCCCAUUGCGAUUGUGAACCGUUGAAAAUGUACAUGGGUGCCUUUUGGGGCAGCAAAUGUGAAAAGCUUAAAGUGAAUUGUAGCAAAGGUGAAUUAUUAUACAUGAAACGCAUGUGCAACGGGUGAAUGAAGAAGUACAAUUUUCUGACAAAAUCAACGAGUGCGUUCAUCGGGCGAAAGUUUUGUGAUUUUUCAGCGAGCGUGAAAAUAAUUCAGAACACGUAGCAAAAUAUUUCAGUUUUUCCCUUGAAAAAUGUGCGCUUUAAUUGUGUUACCCGCCAGUGAGUUCAUAAGUACAGACAUGCAGCAACACCGCAGGGAGUAAACUGUAGCUUGGUCCAACACUUAGACUCACGCACGCAUACCAACACAUUUCCCACCCAUUCCGCAAACUUAUUGUUCAAGUGAGGCGCAGCGUUGUGAAGUAUUACCUGUAGCCUUUCAGCAUUCCACCCCCUAUCAACAGUGUGUGUUUGACCUUGUUACUGUUUAAUAAGUAAAUAGAACCCACACACAUACCAUCUACACGCGCUUCUGCUCCACAACCGCCUCAAACGCCGCUAAAUGCCGUUGAGGAAAAUGUCCGCGGCUGCAGGUUCCACUGUCGCCGCGCUUGCUGCCAUUGCCGCGACAACAACAACCACCACAACAGUUACCACCUUAGCCACGGCAGCAGCGACGGCACUCGCAGCGGCAACAGCGACGGGCAGCAGCAAUCACAGCAAUGUCGCCAACAUAAUGGGUGCCGGCAGCGACAUUGCGACGAGUGGGACUGCGAGCGCUGCCGCCAGCGCCGAUCAUUUGCCGCUUCAAUUGACGACCGCCAAAGUGGAUCUGGACAUUGAAAUCGACAUUCAACUGCUCACAAACGGCUACGAAGGCACAACGCUGACUUCAUACUUCAAUGACACGUCGUGGAUAAAUCCAUCCGAGGCCGAUACGAUAGUGGGUGAGGAUCCUGAUGCGGUGUCUCUUGUGUCAAUUUUAGUUGUUGGCAUCUUCCUGUCAGUGCUGAUUUUUCUAUCGGUCGCCGGCAAUAUACUCGUCUGCCUCGCCAUUUAUACGGAACGCAGUUUGCGACGCAUCGGCAAUUUAUUUCUGGCGUCAUUAGCGAUAGCGGAUUUAUUCGUUGCAUCCCUGGUGAUGACAUUCGCCGGCGUCAAUGAUCUGCUGGGUUAUUGGAUUUUCGGCGCGCAAUUUUGUGAUACUUGGGUCGCUUUCGAUGUGAUGUGCUCAACGGCGUCCAUUUUGAAUUUAUGCGCCAUCUCAAUGGACCGCUAUAUACACAUAAAGGAUCCACUCAGAUAUGGUCGCUGGGUGACACGACGUGUCGCAGUCAUUACAAUCGCUGCCAUUUGGCUGCUGGCCGGAUUUGUCUCGUUUGUGCCAAUCUCGUUGGGUCUGCAUCGACCGGAGCAGCCGUUAAUUGUAGAAGACAAUGGAAAGCGGUAUCCCACGUGUGCGCUGGACCUGACGCCAACCUAUGCGGUCGUAUCCAGUUGUAUUAGUUUCUACUUUCCAUGUCUGGUCAUGAUUGGCAUCUACUGUAGACUCUACUGCUACGCGCAGAAGCAUGUAAAGUCCAUCAAGGCGGUGACGCGACCCGGCGAGGUGGCCGAGAAGCAACGCUAUAAGAGUAUACGACGCAACAAAAACCAACCGAAAAAGUUCAAAGUGCGCAAUCUGCACCACAGUUCGCCCUAUCAUGUCUCUGAUCACAAGGCCGCCGUGACGGUCGGUGUCAUCAUGGGCGUCUUCCUAAUCUGUUGGGUGCCAUUCUUUUGUGUCAAUAUUGUCGCCGCCUUUUGUAAGACCUGCAUUGGGGGACAGACCUUUAAAAUACUCUCGUGGCUGGGUUACUCCAACUCGGCCUUCAAUCCUAUCAUUUACUCAAUAUUCAACAAAGAAUUUCGUGACGCCUUCAAGCGCAUACUCACCACGCGAAAUCCAUGGUGUUGCCGGCAGGAGGUUGGCAAUAUACAUCCGCGCAACAGCGAUCGUUUCGUAACCGAUUAUGCGGCGAAAAACGUGGUUAUGAUGAAUUCAGCACGCUCGUCGGCCGAACUGGAACAAGUGUCUGCGAUUUGACCAAAACGCACCGCUUCGGCGUUGGUUUGCUGCAUGUCCAGUGCGGAUGCUGCAUCAUUGACGACAACAUAUAUUCCGUGAGAUUCGGUGACGGUGGCGACCACGACCAUCGUGGAGGCUUUGCCGGUUGUGACGGAAAUGGAAACGGAAUUAGUUUAAAAUUGCUGAAUUACGAAGAGGAUGCAGUGACGAUGAAAUGUGCGUGGCGCCAUAAUCGUGCGAGAUAAUCGCGUUGAAAGUGAAUUUUAUGGCUUGCUAGUGAAGGCCAUAGCGCUUGUGAAGGUGAGUGACCGACAGACCGACCGACUUACAGACCAUUUAACCGUUAAUAAUAACAGGAAUAAAACAGGGUGAGCAAUAUAGAGCUAAUGAGACUUUUGUAAACAUAAUGGACCGCAUAUGUACGUAUGUAUAUUUUAGGGUAUGCUUGUAGUGAAUACUACAACCUUGAAUAAGUUAAUACUAUAUGUAUAUGGUAGUUAUCUAAGUGGUUGUGUUGUUUGAUAAUGUUAUUCUAAAGAAUGAACGAAUUAGUAGAAUGGAAUUUAUGGAAUUUUCGUGCGAAAUGAGAUUGUUAAGUAAAUUAUUCGCCCUCAAACUAAAUGAAAGCAGUGUCUAUGAAGCUUUGUCUGUAGACUUAUGUCUAUGGAUCCAUGUCUAAAGUCUAGUAUGCAUUAAUAAUAUUUUCUCACCACUGACUUUUGCGUUCUGAACAGAUGACGGUUAAUAUCAUUAAAGUAACUAUUUCACAACUCAAACGUACCAACCGUGAUUCGUCUCCCCUAAGAGAUGCAGCACUCGAAAAAUCUUAAGACUACAAAUAUUUAGAUAUUAAUUUUAAAAAGGAACUUCGGAGAAUAUAAAGAGGCUGACAAAUAUCUGUUCAUUUAAAACCAUAACGAAAACUUGAAAAACGUUAACUUCGGCUUUACCGAAGCUAAUAUACCCUUCACAGGUGCAUUUCUUUUAGUAACUAUGUGUUCAUUUUGUGUGGAAGCUAUAUGCUAUAGUAAUCCGAUCUGAACAAUUUUUUUGGAGAUUACAUUGUUGCCUGAGAAAAUAAUCUAUUCCAAAUUUCGUGAAUAUAUCUUGUCAAAUGCAAUAGUUUUCCAUACCAGCACUAGAUUCCGAUCGUUCAGUUUGUAUGGCAGCUAUAUGUUAUAGUGGUCUGAUAUCGGCAGUUCCGACAAAUGAGCAGUUUCUUGAAGAGGAAAUGACGUUUGCAAAAUUUCAAAACGAUAUCAUAAAAACCUAGGGACCAGUUCGUAUAUAUACAGACAGACAGACGGACAUGGCUAAAUCGACUCAGCUCAACAUACUGAUCAUUUAUAUAAAUACCUUAUAGGGUCUCCGACGCUUUCUUCUGGGUGUUACAAACUUCGUGGCAAACUUAAUAUACCCUGUUCAGGGUAUAAUAAUCGAUGUCGUGAUAUAAAAGCAGUUGGCAAUUUAGAUCUUUUUGGUGGAUCGAUAUACUUACUAUGUUUUGUUCGAACAUACCCCAUGAAAAUACAUAUUAUAUUACACCUUUUGUGUAUAUGAAACUACAAGAAAAACCAAUCGUUUGCAAGCUUUUCCGUAUUAUAAUUUUACAACUAACCCAUCUCCUACUAUAUGUACCUUAAAGAUAUUUGCUAUAAUCUUAUUACCACCACUUACCUAAAAGAAUUUCUUGGAAACUAAUUCAUACUCAACUGUGACUUAUUGAGAGUAUUUCGGGUUCUCUCUAACGAUUACUAAAACAAUUUUUUUAGGGAAUUAGGAUACGAAAGUUACACAACUGACC